UUGAUGUGUUUAUGUCUCAGGUUCUUACAAUAUUAUAAUACAUGAAUGUGGCAAACGAAAAUGAAACUCAAGGUUACUGUUGAAAGUGAUAACAAAGGCAGCAAGUUCUUCGAAAUCAAACGAAAUGUAACAUGGCGCUCGGAAAAAGUGGAAAUAUCGACCUCACUUUUAAAAAGCGUCCCCCCAACCCUGCUUUUUACCUUCCUUAAAAAGGCAGCUAUUUCUGCAGCAGUUUGCAAUGCUCUUAUCAAAAACUAUCCCAAAAUUGAAACCUCGAAUUUUCGCGACAACGCGGGAGUUUUGGUAUGUGACGUCACAAACGACGAGGCAUUUCAUAAUGACGUAAUCAGUGGUGGUGUUGACAGCGGUCUGCAGGCAGAACUUCAAAGAUUAGUAAAAGGGCUCGAAGGUGAAUUAAUAAAUCCCGACAGCAUCAACAUCAAGUGUACAGCAGAAGGAUUCUCAUUAGAUAGCUACAAUGAAAUCAGAAAACGAAACAAGAACAACAACCCAAACAGUACUUAUGUCAGCAAAAAAACAGCAACAGAAACUUCUAAACCUGACGCACCACCAGUUUCUAAACAUGAUGAACCACCAUCAGCCACCAGUGUAAAACAUGCAACUGAAAACACAGAGAAAGAUGAGACAAGGGUUGACGCACCGACCGAAUCUGAAAGGGUUCACUUCUUUGACUUAUUCGAAAACUUUGAAGAUUUUAUGAAAGGAAUUGAUGACGACGACAAAGAAUUGUGUUGGAACAAUAAACAAUACAAGGAAGCUCUUCCAGUUCUUCUUAAGGAUAUGGACAGGGUCGACAUGGAUGAAAAAGAUCGCGGAGUUCUUCAGCUUAAAAUCGGCCUUUGCUUGAUGCAAGUGGGUCGUGUAAGAGAAAGUGCAAGUUACAUUUCCGAUGGAAUCGAAAGCCUUAAGCGAGGAGAGCCAAGUUCCAGUCGAUGUGAGCAACUGGGAGAUUCUGUGCGUGAAAUUGCUAAAAGGUAUCGAGAGUGCGGACAAAUGAAAAAAGCAAUGCAUAUUUUGAAGUGCGCUGCUUGGCUGUACCAACGAGUGAACGACACAACUACAGUUUAUGCCAGCCUUAUGAAGUGUUUGGUUGAUUUAAGACGUCUCGGUGUAAAAAACAGUCCAAGUAUUUUAAAAUCUAUGCAUGAUGUAUAUGAUGCAAUUUUCCGCAUUCAAGAAACAAGAAUGCAUAGCCAAGCAACCAUGAUAUCUCAAUGCAUGGCUUGCUUUUAUUUGGGGUGCGCACUUACCGACGUGGACAAAGAGAACGAGGCAUUGGGGAAGUUCAAACUUUCUGUCGACUUGUUUGAAGAAAAACUCGGUGUACAUGCAAAGUUACAGAACUUGUACGGAGUUUGCCUACAAAAUCUUGGCACUUGCUUGGUAAGUGAAGGGAGACUGUAUGAAGCAGAGGAGACGUAUGUUAAAGCUCUGGAAAGCGAAAACAUGGCGACAGACUGGGAUAGCCCGAGCGAAAAGCAAAGGUCGAUAACAAUGACGGAACGAAGCUUGACGUCACUUCGAUUGAGAAUAGCAAAAAGAUCGGCUUCAUAAACUUUUUAAUACGAAGCGUUUAUUAUUCUAUGACAAAUAAAUUGUAUUCCUUUUUUGGCUACAUGCAAUUAUUGAUUGCAUAUAAAAUAUAUCUUCCGGAAGUGGUAUAGUAGGUUGGGGAUAGGUGAGACAUCGUUUUGAACAAUAAACAAAGGUCUAUGAAAGUCGUGAGGAUACGGUUUUAUAAUCCUUUAAAUAUUCUUUGUUUACUAUCAAAUAGAAAAAUAGAAUUAAAAACUGUACUGUCUUCCCCACCCUACUAUAUAUAUAUAUAUAUAUGUUUAACUUCUGCAAUACACCAGAAAAUAAUCGUUCGGUAUAAUACUUUUAAUUGAUUGUACUUGUGUGCGCUACAUGCUGUACAUCUUGUGUUUGUAUUAAUUCAGAAUGAUGAAUUAUUCAAUUUAAGUUUCAUCAUGUAACACGGAAACCCGAAUAAAUAUUGCGUCAUCUCUGA